AUGACAAUUCCAGCCACGCUGCAAUCCUCGCUCCAGACACUGCGGCAGGUUCUCUCCGUGCCCCGGAGGAGGUCUCUCCAAACCUGGCCAGCUCUUUCUCCUGCCCCCGGGGAUCCAGACGCCCUGGCAGCUCCCGGGCUCCAGGACCGAGAAUGCGAUGCUGCUUCCACUCUCAAUCGCCCCAAGUUUCUUCCCAGAGGGCCUGCUCCAAGUUUGCUCCCGCCGCUGGAGGGAAUCGCGAGAGAGCGCGCGGGCGGCGGUCGGGGGACCACACAGGUGAGCCCCCGCCCGCGCCCUAUCCGGGGUCGCGGCGGGCGCCACCGGCCUCGCUCCCCGCACCCGCCGAUCCGCACGGUGGCUCUCCUCAAUCCCACACUUUCCACUGCUUCACCGGGGGCCCCUCCGCCUCGCCUCCUCUACCCCACCCCCGGCUGCGAGGAGCUGUUGCACUUUCCCAAGCCCACGGGAGCCCCCACCUCCGCGCUGCACCCCCCAGCCCAUUCACCGCGCCCUCCUCCCCCCAAAAAAAGGAAACCAGACGAGCCGAAAACAGGGGCAGCGGGAGUCGGGGCGAGAAGGAAAGGUGAGGGAGAGGGCACUUACUUUUCGAGGCGCGGUGCUGAGCGCUGCAGGCGAGAAAUAAAGGCCCAGACCCGGGCUCCCUGGAGCCCCGCGGAUGCAGUGGUGUCAGCGCUCCAGUCCUGGCGGCGUUGGCUCUGGCGGCCGCAGGGGACCGGGACGGGGACUGGCGCGCGUGCGGCGGGCGCGGCACAGCUCGGCGGGCGCUCGGCUGCGCUCCGGCUCGGGCCCCGGCUCCGCGCGGCUCCGCUCCUGGCUCCCCUCUGGCUCCUGGCACCAACUCCGGGCAGUCACAUGACGCCGGCGCCGCUCGCUCUGCGAGCCUCCCGGGGCUGGCGGGGCUGCUCAGUUACCUGUAGCAACAUCCUCGGCUGCCUAAUGCUCGUCCUGUACAAGACUCGGUUUAAGCAUCAGCUUCUCCAGAAGAUCUGGUCCACAAGCCAUCUCCACCCCAGCAGACCAAGGCCCUCAUUUGUGGCCUAUGGACCAAACAUGGCUGCUGCCUAUUUUGAAAAUAAAGUUCUUUGGGAACAUGGCCACCCGCAUUCACUUAUAAAUAAUCAGUGACUGCUUUUGUGUCACCAUGGCAGCAUUGAGUAGCCCACAAAGACUAGAAUAUUGAUUAUCAGCCCCUUACAGAAAAAGCUGACCAACCGUGCUGGAUGUAGCCAUCAUUGGACAGGAAAUACAGCUCAGAGAGGAGCACAGUAAGCUAUGGUUGGCUGAUUGAUCCAUCAACCAAAGCAGAAUGCAAGUUAAUCUGGAAGACAAAAGACUCAGUUUCUUCACAGAUGGCAUAAAAAAUGAAAAAGGAAAAAAGAAAAGGAGAAAUGCAUGUGGAUUAAAUGAUAUUUAACAGAAAUAAUAGCUCACAGCAACGUGUAACCCUUGCUUGGAUCCUGAUUUUGACAGAUCAACUAUAAAGAAAAAUUUUGAAACAAUGGGAUGAAAAUGAACUUGAACCAAUGUUUCUGAAUUUUACUGAUGGGAGACAAAGCACCCCUCCCACUUAGUAGCAUGAAGCAACCACUGUGAUUUCAUGCUCACAGGCUCUGUGGGUCAGGACACAGUGGAGACAUCUGGAAUCUCAGCUGGAAAGUUUCAAAGGUCAGGUCCAGCUGCGAAUAUUGAUGGGGCACCUACCUGCAGCCCUCCGUGGGGCUGGACUCCGAGAGGCACCAUCUUGAGGUGGAGCGUAAGUGAUGCAAGAGGAUCAGGCAGGAGCGUUCCCGUCGUGGCUCAGCGGUUAACGAAUCCGACUAGGAACCAUGAGG